ACUUUGAUUUUCUCCGACUAAACCCAGAAGUCUCAGCUUCUUGUUAAACUCAUUCACAAUUUUAUGAGAAAUUGGACAAAACCCUGAUGUCAGAUUCCGUCAAAACGACGGUGGAUCCGCUUUUGAAAGAUUUAGAUGGUAAAAAAGAGAGUUUUAGGAGAAACGUUGUGUCUAUGGCGGCUGAGUUAAAGCAAGUGAGAGGUCGUUUGGUUUCUCAAGAACAAUUCUUUGUUAAAGAAAGCUUUUGUAGAAAAGAAGCAGAGAAGAAAGCUAAGAAUAUGGAAUUGGAGAUCUGUAAAUUGCAGAAGAAAUUGGAAGAUAGAAAUUGUGAGCUUGAAGCUUCAGGUUCUGCUGCUGAAAAGUUUCUUGAAGAAGUGGACGAUUUGAGAUUGCAGCUAGCUUUAACAAAGGAAAUUGCAGAAACAAGUGCUGCUUCUGCUCAAUCCGCACAGCUUCAAUGCUCAGUGCUAACAGAACAACUUGACGACAAAACACGAUAUCUAAGAGAACAUGAAGACCGUGUAACUCAGCUCGGUCACCAGCUUGAUAAUCUUCAGAGAGAUUUGAGGACUAGAGAAUGUUCUCAAAAACAGCUGAGAGAGGAAGUUAUGAGAAUCGAGCGUGAGAUAACUGAAGCUGUUGCAAAGUCUGGGAAAGGUACAGAAUGUGAGCUAAGGAAACUUCUGGAGGAGGUUUCUCCAAAGAAUUUUGAGAGAAUGAACAAGCUAUUGGCGGUAAAAGACGAAGAGAUUGCAAAAUUGAAAGAUGAUGUAAAGUUAAUGUCAGCUCAUUGGAAACUCAAGACUAAAGAACUUGAAUCUCAGCUGGAGAGACAAAGAAGAGCAGAUCAAGAGUUAAAGAAGAAGGUACUGAAACUGGAGUUUUGUCUGCAAGAAGCUCGUAGCCAGACAAGAAAGCUACAGAGGACGGGGGAGAGGCGAGACAAGGCAAUCAAAGAGCUAAGAGAUCAGAUUACCGGAAAAGAGUUGAAUGAAUCGGUUUCAAGGGAGAAACCAAACUUCUGGGAUACUUCAGGGUUCAAGAUCGUCGUGUCAAUGUCGAUGUUGAUAUUAGUGAUUGUCUCCAAAAGAUGAGUUCUUGUAUCUUGAACUCUCUUUCUUUUUGUUGGUGUGUAUAUGUAGUAGUUGGAUAUAGUAGUAGAUAAUGGUGCAUAUUACUCUUUGAGGUUAGUGAAGAGAAAUCUUGUUUCCUUUUGUUAAGUUAUAAGUUUGUUCUUGUGUAUUUGAAUCAUUUGUCAGAAAGAAAAUAUGCCAACUUCC